UCGCAAAGAAUAAAACUAAAAAUAAUCCAACAAUCAGAUUAAACUUCCCACCCGUCACUAUUCAACACAAACCCUAGAUAUCAAUCGCAUACAACCAUUCCCUUCAUUUCCGCAUCGCACCAUGCUCCAAAAGAAAAUGUCAUGACAUCCUCCUCAUCCACAUCUGCCGUCGCGCCUCUCUUACCACCAUAUCUGUAUGAUCUCUCGCCUACCAUCCAUAAAUGGUGUGCGUUGCGCUGUGCAGAUAUUAUUUCAUUGACUACUCGGGGGGUAUAUUUCGAAGACAAACUGAUCCACCACUACCUCAACCAUCCCAUCCGCUACAUAAAACUCAUCGGGCUCGUCGUCUCCAUCGAUACUUUUGCCCGUCGUCGCGUCUACACCAUCGAUGACUCGAGCGGUGUGUGUAUAGAAUGCGUGGCACUCUUACCUCUCCCUUCCUUGGAAGCUGCUUCAAAUUCAAACUCAAAUUCAAAUUUAAAUUGCCAUCCUCCUUCCAGUAGCAGCCCCUCCAUCACCACCCCCCAAAUCCCCUGGAACGACAUCACCGAGUGCAAAGUCGUGCGCAUCCUGGGGAUUGUGGGAUCAUACAUGCAGGUUCCGCAAUUGCAGAUUGUGAAGAUGGGGAUCGUGGGGAGUACGGAGGUGGAGAGGAAGUGGUGGGAUGAGUGUCGAGAACUCAAGGAUCCGGAGAGGGGGUUUCUGGGAAGGGAGUGGGUGGUGGGGAGGGAGGAGAUGGAGAGGUGGAAGAGGAGAGAGAGGAGGAGGAAGGCGAGGGAGGAGGAGAAGAGGGGUGGGGGGAGAGAUGGUCGGGCCGGGAAGAUGAAGAGUGGGAAUGGGAAUGGGAGUGGAAGAAGAGAGGAUACCGAGAGAGUUGAAGAAAAGCGAGAGCUGCUGGCGAGGAAAAAGAUAACAAAUCCCCAACCACGUCCUUCAACCAAUCCCUCUCAUUCCACAUCCACAUCCACAUCCAACCCCCACCCCUCCCGUCCUCCCCACGAAACCUCCCCCAACAAACCUCUCCCCCGCCCGCCUAUCAAAAAAAGAUUCAUUCCCACGAUCCUCCCCGACCUAUCCACCUACGAUACUUUUGGCUACUAA